AUGGCCGGCAGCGCGAUCCCGAAUUUGCUAUCUCUUCGCGGUGCCAGGGCCGGGCGAGGAGCUCGCGGACGUGGAAGGGGUGGCCGUGGUGACGGACCUUCCUCCGCCGGCCCGACGCACGAUCAGACGAUCCAGGGCACCGACGACGAUGCCGCCGGAUCCCGUCUGAGUGCCGUUAACGUGGGGUACCUCGACGACCCGUACGCGCGCUUCUUCGUCGACGGUAUGGCCGGGCCUCCGCCAAGGAGGCUGCCCAUUAUCAAUCGAGGCACUUACACGAGAACCGUCGCUCUCGACAGCCUUGUCGACAGUUUUCUUUCCGACGUUAGCGAUGGUACCAAGCAGAAACAGAUCAUCUCGCUUGGCGCCGGCACCGACACGCGCCCGUUUCGGCUGUUUUCUAGGACCAAUCGUCCGGGCCUGGUCUACCACGAGCUAGAUUUCCCAGUGACGGUGCAGAAGAAGGCCCGUAUAGUGCAGGGCGUUCCGCCAUUGCGCCAGAUCUUGGGGGUUCCUUCGACAGAAGAAAACGGCUCAUGGAGUUGUCAGCCAUCACCAUCAGACAGCUACUACUGCCACGCUCGUGACCUUCGAGAACUCGUUCAAGGAAAUGCAUCGAAUCUUAACGGACUUCGAACAGACACCCCGACACUGAUCAUUUCGGAAUGCUGUUUAUGUUACCUUGAGACCGCAACGACCAAAGAUCUUGUUGCAUGGUUUGUGCAAAAGAUUCCCAACAUCGCCAUCAUCAUUUACGAGCCCAUCAGGCCGGACGACCCUUUCGGGAAGAUGAUGACGUCCAACUUGGCGGCCAGGAGAAUCCGUAUGCCAACUUUGGAAAGCUACAAGCUCCCACAGGACCAAGAGCAACGCCUUCGUGAGGCCGGCCUCGAGCAUGUCAACGCGUUAACGGUUGAGCGGAUUUGGGAGCGAUGGGUGUCGUCUGAAGAGAAGGAGAGGGUGGAUCACCUGGAAGGGCUUGACGAGGUGGAGGAGUGGAAGCUUCUUGCUGACCACUACGUCGUGGCAUGGGGAUGGAGAGGCUCAGGAUUUAAGCUAUUUGAUGCUGGCAGACAGCAGUAG